GUUCGACACGGCGGAGAGCGUGGUGAUCGUGGCCUCGCAGAAGCGGGCGCUGGGCGGGCGGGAGCUGCAGCUCCCCUCCAUGUCGGUCCUCACCUCCAAGACCUCCACGCAGCGCUUCUUCCUCCGCGUCCUGCAGGUCAUCAUCCAGCUGCGCGACGACACCCGCUCGGAGGGGUCGCAGGGGGGGGAGCGGGACGAACGCCCCCCCGAGCUGCCCCUGCUGAGCGAGCAGCUCUGCCUGGACGAGCUCUGGGACAUGCUGGGCGAGUGCCUGAAGGAGCUGGAGGAGUCCCACGACCAGCACGCCGUCCUCGGUGGGUCCCCGCCGAUUUCGGGGUCCCCCCAGGGUCCCCCCAAGGCCCCCAGGGUCUCCCUCGCACCCAGCCUCCCCUUCCCAAGCCUGGCGACGUCCCUGCAGCCUCGGGGUUCCCCCCGACACUCCACGUACAUCGUGUUCGAGGGCGAGGAGGGCCAGGACGCGGGGGGCCUCCUGCGGGAGUGGUACAUGAUCAUCUCGCGGGAGAUGUUCAACCCCAUGUACGCCCUGUUCCGCACCUCGCCGGGUGACAGGGUCACCUACACCAUCAACCCCUCCUCCCACUGCAACCCCAACCACCUCAGCUACUUCAAGUUUGUGGGGCGCAUUGUGGCCAAGGCCGUCUACGACAACCGUCUCCUCGAGUGUUAUUUCACCCGUUCCUUCUACAAGCACAUCCUGGGCAAGUCUGUCCGGUACACGGACAUGGAGAGCGAGGACUACCACUUCUACCAGGGCCUGGUCUACCUGUUGGAGAACGACGUCUCCACCCUGGGCUACGACCUCACCUUCAGCACCGAGGUGCAGGAGUUUGGGGUGUGCGAGGUGCGGGACCUGAAGCCCAACGGGGCCAACGUGCUGGUGACGGAGGAGAACAAGAAGGAGUACGUCCACCUCGUCUGCCAGAUGCGCAUGACCG